AUGAACUUCCACCUCCCCCCCGAUAUCCAAACCUACCUCACACGUCUCGACAGCUUCAUCCACACACAGAUCCUCCCGCUCCAGCACCGAGACGACAACAACCGGUUCUUCGACCACCGCCGCGAAUCGGCCCGCACGCAAUGGACCAACCAAGGCCUCCCAACGGCGGAGUGGGAAUCGCUGCUCCGUCAAGCCCGCCGCCUCGCCGACGACGCGGGGUUCUACCGCUUCCCGUUUCCCGUCGAGUACGGCGGGGCCGGCAGCGUCUCGCAGAACCUGUACAUGUGCGCGAUCCGGCACCAUUUGGCGGCGCACCCGGUCUACGGCGGCGGGCUGGGUCUCGCGAACGACCUGCAGAACGAACAUAGCGUGGUUGGCAACAACCCGGUCGUCAUGAUGUUGUAUUAUUACGGCACUGAGGAGCAGCGGCGACGGUAUAUCCCGGCAGCUAUCUGCGGUGAGUUCAGGGCGACUUUUGGGUUGACGGAGAUCGAGCAUGGGUCGGAUGCGACGUAUAUGGAGACCACGGCGAGGGUUGUUGGGGUUGACGACUCUCAAAACCUCUGUUACGAAAUCACUGGCAACAAGAAAUGGCAGACAGGAAUGCACACCGCAACGCAUUGUCUAGUAUUCGCCCGCACGUCCGGCAAGGCAGGCUCCCCCCAGGGAAUCACGGCGUUCAUCGUGCCUCGAGACACGCCCGGGGUGACUGUGGCUUCGUAUGAAUGGACGCUGAACAUGCCGACGGACCACGCCACCGUGCUGUUUGAGAACGUUCGCGUUCCGGCUUCGGCCAUCCUAGGACCCCUCGACAACGGACUCGCCAUUGCCCAGACGUUCACUCACGAAAACCGCAUCCGGCAGGCGAGUUCGAGCUGUGGCGCUGCACGGUACUGCGUCGAUCGGAGUGUCGAGUAUGCGAAAACCCGGAAAGUGUUUGGCAAACCGUUGGCGGCGAAUCAAGCCAUCCAGUGGCCUCUCGUGGAGCUGGCGACGCAGACGGAGAUGUUGCGACUUUUGAUCCUGCGCACUGCCGUGGAAAUGGAUCAGGUCACUGCGAAAUGUAAAACGACUGGGGAACCGCCGUGGGUGGCUAUCGAGAAGCGGCUGGGACAUAAGAUCGGGAUGUGCAAUUACUAUGCGAACCGACUGGUCACGGAGGCCGCGGAUCGAGCGAUCCAGAUCCACGGCGGUGUCGGGUAUUCGAGACAUUAUCCGUUCGAGCAUAUCUGGAGACAUUUCCGACGGUAUCGCAUCACUGAGGGGAGUGAGGAAGUGCAGAUUCGAAAGGUGGCUGCUUAUCUGUUUGGAUAUAAGACGACGGGAGAGGAGAACGACAAGAAGAAAGAGAGCGAGACCAUGAAGGGUGAGGCGAAGUUGUGA